GCAGAUUGGCCCGGCUGGAGCUGAGCAAUGCUGGGGCUGCUAUAAAAGCCCUGCUGGGGCCAGACUCGGCCAAGCACUGCCCUGGCCACCUUCUCCUCCUCGGGGACAAGGAGCACCCUCGCAUCCCACGCCAAGAUGUCCUGCUACGACCUGUGCCCACCCAAAACCAGCGUGGCUGUGCCCCAGCCCAUCGCUGAGAGCUGCAACGAGCUGUGCGCCCGCCAGUGUCCCGACUCCUCAGCCUUCAUCCAGCCGCCCCCCGUGGUGGUCACCUUCCCCGGCCCCAUCCUCAGCUCCUUCCCGCAGCAAGCCGUGGUGGGCUCCUCCGGAGCACCGGCCUUUGGCGGCUCCCUGGGGCUGGGCGGCCUCUACGGCGCCGGCGCCACCCAGGCCUCGGGGGGCCUCUGCACCUUUGGCAGAGCCUACGCUGCUCUCGCCUGCAGCCCUUGCGUCCUGCCCCGCUACAGCAAGAAGCUCUGGGACACCUGCGGGCCCUGCUAGACUCAACUCCCAAGCCUGUUUCAUCUGUCAGAAACAGAGAAAUCUAGAAUUUAUUUAUCCCAAUUUUUGCAGCCAUUCAUCUUUCCUUUAAACCUUUUCUUUUACCAUUCUUAUUAUUUUUCUUUUUCUCCAGUUUGAAGAUCUCACCUUCAGUGUUCUCUUUUGUAAAUUCUCUAUUACAGUUUCAGUUUUCUUUCCGUCUGUUUGAUCUUUCUUGUUUAUGUCUUUUAUAUCAACCUCAUGUCAUAUUUGCGUUUAUUUAGCUCUGCUUGUUGACAACUUCAUGACUUAAAAUUUUUGGCUUCAUUUUUUCGAUUCUCUUUGUACCUCUUCUUUUCCCAUCCUGUUCUUUGUAUUCUCUGUGUGAUUUAUUCAAGUUGUUCCUGCAAUAAAUCUUUUAGGCAUCAAA